AUGCAAAUUGUAAUCAUUCUCACAAUGAAGUCAAUUAUUUUGGCUUCUCUCAUGGCUUUGGCCUUUGCGGCCUCGCCAGCCUUUGAGCAUCAAUUUGAGCCAAAAACUGAAUAUCACUAUCAAUUUGAUGGUCUUGUUCUUUCUGGUCUUCCAACAAAUCAACAAACUCAAUCAUCUCAAUCUCGUAUUUCUGCUCAUGCUCGUAUCCAAUCUAUUGAUGAUCGUCAUAUUCAUAUUCAAUUGUCAAAGAUUCAAAUGGCUUCUUCAACAAAACAACAAGAAGAUGAGAAAUAUCCAGAACUCCGUUCUUUGGAACAACAGGAAAUUCCAGAAGAAUAUAAAACUCUUCUUGAAUUGCCAGUUCGUGCUCAACUCAGAAAUGGACUCGUUUCUCACAUUCAAUUCGAUGGUGAAGAUGCUGAAUGGUCGAAAAAUAUCAAGAGAUCUGUUUUGAACAUGCUCUCAUUUGUCGACCAACAACCAACUCAAGAACUUGAAUCAGAAGAUGAACAACUCCAAUCAUUCUUCACCAACGAGAAAACCAUCGAAGGAGAUUGCCAAGUUGCUUAUACAAUCACAAAAGAAAACGAGAAGAAGACAAUCAUCACCAAAACUGUCAACUUCAACAAAUGUGAUUCAAGACAACAAGUUGUUUAUGGAAAACAAUUCUCGGAAAAUGUUCCACAACAAGAACAAGAACAAUGGGAAUCAUUCAAACCACAAACUAUUUAUACAUAUAUUUUGGACAACGAAUUAUUGACUCAAGUUGAAGUUCGUUCAAUUUACACACACAAUGUUAAUGGACAAGAAGUUAUGAAGACUGAAACUCGCUCAGUGCUCACUUAUGAAGAGAAUCAUUCAAUCAACAAACAAAUCAGAAAGGUUAGUGAGAAUAUUUUUAAUUAACAAGAACUUUGAAAAAAAAAUCAAUAUUUUUCAGGUUGAUGGAGAAGAAGAAGAACUUGUGUACUCCAACAAAUGGGAAAAAUCAGUCGAAGAAUUCUUCAAAAAUGGAGAUUCUUCCAAGAAAAACCCAUUCGAUCAAUUGCCAACUGAAAAAAAAAUGACCAUGUUGAAAUCAAUUCUUGAAAACAUCAAUGAAGAACAAAAUGAAUUGGAAACUGUUCAUCAACUUGCUCGAAUUGUCAAAAUUCUCCGCACUUGUUCAAUGGAUGAGCUCAAAACCAUUUAUAAACAACAUUUCACCACAGAAGAAACCAAGGUUUGUGAAAAUAAAUGUUAUGCAAUAAAAAUUGAAUAUUUUCAGAUUGAUUCAUUGAUUGAACAAGCUCUUGCAAUUGCUGGAACCAAAAACACAAUCCAACAUUUGUUGAACCAUUUUGAACAACAUAGAAACGAAGAUAAAUUCACUAUUCUCAUGAAAUAUAUUCAAGAAACUCCAUAUCCAUCUGAAAAGAUUGCUGAUAUUCUUGUCGACGCUGCCUCCAAACAAAGACGAAACCUUUUAGGAGGACAAGCUGCUUGGCUCGCUGCUGGAGCUGUUGUUCGUGGAGUUGUUUCUCAAAAUGUUCAACAAAAUCAACUCAUUCGUCAAGAUACUCGUCAAAUCAAACAAAAAUACCAAAAAGUUUUCAUGAACUUGUUCGAACAAUCUGAAACAACUUAUGAAAAGAUUUUGGCUUUGAAAACACUUGGAAACGCUGGAAUUGAUCUCUCAGUCAAUGAAAUCAACACCAUCAUCAAUGAUCAUCGUGAACAGAUGAUUGUUCGUAGAGAAGCUGUUGAUGCUCUUCGUCUUCUUGACAAUGUUAUGCCACUCAAACUUCAAAGAGUUCUUCUUCCAGUUUAUAAAAAUCAAAGAAAUGCUCCAGAACUCCGUAUGUCUGCUUUGUGGAGAUUGAUUCAAACCAGACCAUCUCAAUCAGUUUUGGUCCAAAUUGUUUCUCAAAUGGAAAAAGAAUCGAACCAACAAGUUCAACAAUUCACUUAUCAACUUUUGAAACAAUUCGGCAAAUCAACAAAUCCACAAUACAAACAACUUUCUGCCGAUUGUCUUGCUGUUCUCUCAUUCACUCGUUUCACAGCUCAACAAUUCGAAAAAGUUCAAACAACCUAUGCUCAACUUCCAUUGUUUGCUCGCGAUCUUCUUUCUGGAGUUCAAGCUGAUUUCACCGCUACUUUCUCCAAGAAUGACAAAUUUCCAAUCGAUGUUCAAACUUCCCUUGAAUCUAUUUUCGGUGGAAACUGGAACAAAUAUUUGGUUCAAUUCGGAUUUACUCAACAAAAUCUUCAAGACCUUUUCCGCCAAGCAAUCCGAAACUUGGGAUCAAGAUAUCAAACACGUGGAGAUCGUUCGAUUGAUAGACAAAUGACUAACCUUAAGAACUUGGCAGAGAAAUUGAACAUCAAGGCUCGUAACUACAAAUCAAAAACGCAAGAAGGAUUUGCUAUGACUUAUUUGAGAUACAAGAACAUUGAUUCUUUGGUAAUUCCAAUCAGAGAACCAACCGUCAGACUUUUCCUCAAAGACUUGUAUUCAAUGGGAGAAUACAAUGCAGGAUAUCUUACACAUAAUUUAGUAUUCACUCAAUCUGCCUAUUUCUAUGAAACAAUUCGCAAAGUCCCAACAACUCUUGGUCUUCCACUUAUUGUUACUGGAAAACUCCCAACUGUUGCUACAAUUGAAAGCCGAUUGAAUUAUCUUAGAAGAGAAAGCAAAAUGAUUUAUGAAAUUCGUCCAUCAAUUGCUGCCACCCAUGUUUACGAAAUGAGAUUGAUGACACCAUUGUUCGAACAAGGAGUCAAAACAUUGCGAUCAGUUCAAUCAUACACUCCAAUCGAUUUCACUGCUGAUCUUAAAACAAGCAGACAACAAAUCGAAAUUUCAACCAAGAUCAAUGUUCCAGAAACUGAAUCAGUUUCAAUUCAAGUUUCAAGCCGUCCAGUUGUUUUCAUCCGUUAUCCAGGAACUUCAAGAGAUGAAUAUGUUCCAUCUGAAGAAAGAACUCUCAGCAAUCCACAAUGGGAAAAGAAAACUGAAAAUAUGGAACAAAAUUUCAAUAUUUACGGACUUGAAAUCACCACUCGUGGAAAUGUUUUGAGACAAUGGAAUCUUCAAAAUGCUCUUCAUAUUGAUCAAGAUUUCGAGCUUGUCAUCAAAAACCAAAACAAGAAAGCUGCCGAAUUCACAUCAACUCUUGUUGCUAACUACCAAAGAAAUGUUGAAAACUUUGAUUUCGAAUUUGAAAACCUUUUCGAAGAAGAAUUUGAUUUUGAAGGAGAAUCUAAUGAAGAUCGCCGUGAAGCAUUGGAAAAAUUCGUCGAACCAUUGAAAAACACCGAGGUUCACAAAAGCAACGUUGUUCUCACUCUUCGUGCCCCAGGAAACCACAAAAUCGAACUCAACUGGGAAAACAUUUUGCAUCAUUCCUUCCGUGCCUUGAAAUCCAAACUUGAUGUUGUUGUUUCAAACAAACAAGACUGGACAUUGAAUCAUCAACUCAAUAUUUUGAUUCCACAAUAUAUUGAUUCAAUGAAAGAAUACGAAGCAGAACCACACCGUGAACUUCUUCUCAACAAUGUUGUCAGAUGGGGACUUAUCAAGAACACAAAGAAGAAUCAACUCAAAUUGAAUGUUCAACUUGGACAAUCUCAAUCUUCACGUAAAUACCAACAAUACAUCGAAAAAUUGAGCAAAGCUUCCCAAUGGGAUCGUGUUUUCCAAUUAGCUUCAUUGAAUCAAUUGGAUAUUGUUGCUGAAUACAAAUGUGAUGAACAAACUCAACAACAAGUUAAAAAACUUGUCGAUCGUUUGACCUGGUAUUUGAGCCAAUCAUGGAGUGCUUCAUAUGAACAACAAGAUAAUCAAGAGAAUCGCAUUCACUUGAGAUCGAUUGUUGAUCCAAUCACCCGUCAAUAUCUUAACUGGAGCCUUCAAACUCCAGAACAACAAAUUCAAUUUCUCAACUUUGAAAGACCAAAAUUUGAACUUGUCUCAUUCAACAAAAUGAUUCAUCAAAAAGACAAUCAAGUUUGCACUGUCUCACCAAAAAGAAUUCAAACUUUUGAUGACAUGACAUAUUCUGCCCCACUUACCACAUGCUGGUCAGUUAUUGCCAAGGACUGUUCCGAACAACCAACAUUCGCUGUUUUGGCCAAGAAAGAAUCAAAGAAAUCAAACAAUAUUGUUGUUAAAUUCUACAAUCAAGAAGAUGUCUACGUUAUGUCCAAAUCUGAUGAUGAAUUUGUUAUUGAAAAGAAUGGAAAACUUAUGAGCGAAUCGCAAGUUAUGAAUGACAAUGAGUAAGUAUCCAUAUUUUGCAUUUUAUAAAAAAUUCAUUAAAAAAAAAUCUUUCCAGGUUCACCAUCAAUGGAGAACAAUUGAUUGCUGAUUUCGAAAACAUCAAGAUUCAAUUCAACGGACAAAGAGUUCAAACUAAAAUUCUCGACACUUCCAGAAUUUCACUUUGCGGACUUUGCGGAAACAAUGACAACGAGGUACUAACAAAUAAGAAAAAACAAAUUUCAAACAAUUUCUUCAGAUUGACAAUGAAUUGAGAACCGCUGAUGAUAAUGAAACUGAAGAUAUUGAAGAAUUCCACAGAUCAUAUCUUUUGAGAGAUGAUGAAUGUGAAAUUGAGGAAGAUGUUGUUUCAAAUAAGAAUAACUAUAAACAAAUCAGAAGAAUUCUUCAAGAAGAUCAUGAAAAUUGGGCUGAAGAAUAUGAAAAUGAAGAAAACAGAGAUGAAGAGAACAGUGAGUUUCUCAUCUUAAAUAGAAUCUUGAUCCAAAUACAAUUUCAGACUUGAUCAAGAAAACCGAAAUCAAGGAAUUCGCUCAUCGCAUCUGUUUCUCAUUGGAAGGUGUUCCAGCCUGCCGUCCUCAAUACGAAGAACAACAAAAUGUUCAACAAAAAGUCAAAUUCACAUGUUUGCCAAGACACAAAUCUGAAGCUCGUGUUUUGUUGAACAAAUCUCGUCAACAAAAUGUUCUUGAAUUGAACAAUUAUCCAGUUUCAUUCGUUGAAUCGGUUACUGUUCCAACCCAAUGUGAAUAUGCUUAUUAAAUGAGAGCUGUGCUCGCUAUUCACUUUUUUUCACACGUGUAGUUUUUUCACUUUUGUAGAAUAUAUAAAAUUUUUAAUUUUUUUCUUUUUGCAACAAUUAAUGAUUGCCUAAUUGAAAAAAAACAGGCUGAUAAAUAGUGUGCGUCAAGGUGAGCGCGCAGACAGCGAGAGAACUGUUCAGAGACACAGAGAAUUGUGGUCUCGGCAGAUUUUUUAAAUUGUUUUUUUUCGAGUGAUUUUUGAGUUUCACAGCGUGUUGCAGCUGUUUCAGCGUUCUAUAAGAUCGCCGAUUUCAAAUUCCCUUCAAAAUUUCCUGACUUGAGUUUUCUCUAAAUUUUCUUCCAAAAUUGUUUAUUAUUUUGUCUUUUUAUUUUGUUCGCAAGGAUAAUUUUCGGUUUUUUCAGAUUUCAACUAUGAUUGUGAUGUCAACAGAUUUUUGAACGCAUUGUUUCAGCCAAACAAUGCGUUCGAACAUCCCACAGUUGCAAAUGUUGAAAAUAAACGUAAGUUUCCAUCGGAAAGUCAUAAUUAUAACGAUAAUAAUUUUUUUUACAGUUUAUGUCAUACCAAGUUGGCAAAACAUCGGAACAUAGCAUCGAGAGACUUGAUGUCAACAAUCGGAUCUUCCAAUAAAAAAAUAAGUGGGCAACAUCAAGUGCCGCCAAACAAUGCAAGAUCAUUUUGAUAUUUGGCAUUCAGAAGUCACAUUAACGUAAGUUUUCGUAGGAAAAUGAUAUUUGUGAAAAUAAUCUGGUUAUUUUUCAGGCUGUUUAGAAAUGACUUUGCAACGAAUCGGAACUUCGUCACAUCAGCAAAAUCGGUUUGGAGCAACAUCAUCAAAUUGA